AUGCCGGCUGUCUUACAGUCCACCAUUGAUCUCCUAGAGACCGAACUGGCCAAGGCCAGGGCCGCUCUCAAAGAGAUCCAGCCCAAUGCCGCUCCCAUCUAUAUCCAAGGCGAUGAUAUCGCCCCCGGCGCCGUGGCCGCCUACCGUCAGAAUCUGAUCGGCCGCGCUCCUGACUUCUUCUAUGGCUCCCGUCGCUUGUCGCCCAAGGACGUCGGCCUGGUUCCGGUCGUGAAGGAGAUCCAGGUCGACGAGGUCGAGGUGGAAGAACCCCGCCAUGAACCCACAUAUACCAUCACGGUGAUUCCCCCCAAGCGCGCAUCGCUGGUGGAUAUCCUGUCCAACAGCCUCAUCCUCGACCAUAUGGCCCCGUACCUGUCAGUUCCGUCCUUGUUUGCCUUGGCAUCCACCUCGCGCCAUCUUCGAACCAUGGUCAUGGCCACCCCGUAUGUCUUUCGACACCUCGAUCUUUCUCAAUGUCGUGGCGCACAUCUGUCCGACACAGCUCCGUUAGACUCGGGGGGUCAGGUCUGGAGGAGUGAACGGAUGGACGAGUCUUUGACGGAGGACGAAUUCUACUCCGGACCGUUGCGGGGAAUCUUCGCCAAGUUGGAGCGGCAAUCGAUUCUACAAGACGUGCGCACUCUGGUGCUGGACGGCUUAUCGGUCCCAGCGGAUUUGGUUGCGGAUAUCAUCCUGACGGACCGCUUCAACAUCAAUAUCCUGUCCAUCCGGGACUGUCGCCACCUGAACGAGCGCAAACUGAUGCAGGUUCUCCAGUAUGCCGUGCGGCCGUCUCGCCCCGAAGGAACCCCGCGAGUGAAGGGUAUCUAUCAUUUUACCCCAGUAGCCCAUCCCCGGGCCAUGGUGAGGAGCAAGUAUCGUGACUGGUGGAGCUCCCGAUGCGCGCCAACCGCAGCAGAAGAAGAGUCGACUCCGUCCGAGGACGAGCAGCCGUGGUUCCGCCAGAAUGCGUGGUACCGCCCUUCCGGGAAGCUCUUCCCUCGCACCAUUGAAGACGGCUGGGCUCAGACAAUCCAGAAGUGUGAGGGAAUCAUCGCGUUUGAUGCAGUUUUAUGCCGGGGGCCACGGCACUCUCCCGAUUCCCACAUCCCCGCUGCUCAGAACCAGAAUGGCCAGGGACCCGAGAAUCAACUUCUCGGCCCAGCGAUUGCAACCGUUGCGUUAGGUCCGCAAGGAUGCGACGGGUGCCAUACCUCGCCUGAAGGCCCGGCAAUCUGGGGACAGUCGCCUGACUCGCAGUUCCCACUGCUGAUCCCGCCCCCAUUCCAUUCAUCCGCCGUAUCAGCCGCCAAGCGGCCCGCUCUGUUCCCUGAUGAGCAUCCGGUGCUGAUUGCUCGCUGUACGGAUUGUCUGACCGACCGCUGGUGCCACCGCUGCCACAAAUGGUUCUGCAAUACUUGUUUGCCUCGUCCGGAACGGGCGGAAAUCAACCUAUCACCUCACCAGACUGCCGUCCGGGGACCUCGCAGCAGCUCUGCGGACUCGGAGAGAAGUAGGCUUGAAUCUGGAGUGAUGCGCGGCCUGUAA